CAAACAAAAACUUAAAAAUUAAAUAAAAUAACCUAAUGGUCCAGCAGUGCCACUUCUGGGUAUAUACACACAGAAAUGGAAAGCAGGGUCCCGAAGAGCUAUUUGGGCACCUGUGUUCACAUCUCAGAUGGAAGCAGCCACUGAGGAAUGUGCAUGGAUAGAUGGAUAAGAAGCAAAAUGGAGCCUAGACAUGAACCAGGAAUAGUGUUCAGCUUUAAAAAAGGAAGGAAAUUCUGACACGUGCUCCCAACAUGGAUGAUGACCUUUGAGGAUAUAAGGUCUCAUGACAUCAGCCAGGCCCGAAAAGGCAAGUUCUGCAGAAUUCCACUUUAAUGAGGUGGUCAACUUGACAGAGACAGAAAGUGGAAUGUUGGUGUCCAGGGACUUGGGGGAGAAGGAAGGGAGAGUUCGGGUGUUACAUGGGUUCAGAGGUUCCGUUUAGCAAGAUGGAAAGCGGGGAGGGAGCCUUAUGGAGGGGUGGCCAUGUGUUUCAGCCCCCCAGAGAAGAGAAGGCCGAGAACAAGGAGCCAUUGCAUCUGACCGCUCUGUCCCCUGGGCAGGAGGCAUAGAGGACCUCUCAUCUCAUCAAACAAAGCAAGGAGACGCAGUCCCACACACCCCGAGUCCUGGCAGACAAGUGCCGGGACCCAUAUUCAAUCAGAAUUGUGCUCCACCCUGGGGGUGGGGGGAGGGGAAGGGACAAGAGCAGGGAGAGCGAAAUGUGGGUGACCCCUCCCACAAGGUCAUAGCGCCUGACCCCUGUCUUGCUCCGGACUUGGGCUGUGCCCUCUUGACCUGUGAGAGCCGUGGCUUCCUCCCCUUGGCCCAGAGGCAGGCACGGUUGUCGGGUGACUCUGGGGCACUCAGGGGCCUGGCACAGGGAGAACUGAGCAGAGGAUGGGGCCCACCCUCUGAACUCAGAGCUCCCUCCUGUUGACUCGGUCCCGAGGGAGCUCUGGGAUUCUAGAAGCCAGUCACUCCAGAGAAGAUCGGAUUAAGUAGGGUGGGAGAAGAUGUGAUCAAGUACAGUAGUAUUCAUUGGCUGAGCGAGUUAAUCUGCUUGGAGGCGGGGCUUUCCGCCAGUAUAAGAGCUGAGGGCACCUGGCCUUGGCUUCCAGACACCAGAGCCCAGGAGAGCAGGACCAUGUCAGCACCCAGGGGAAGUGAAGCAGUGCGAGCUCCAGCCCUCCUGAGGGCCACGGCACCGAGCUGGUUUCCUCCCGGCCAUCUGCAAGCUCAAGAGGCCGAGCUGAAUGCCUCCUGUCCUGCCGCCAUUCUGGUGCCUCUCCCUCUCUGCCAGGGACCCUGCCAUCAGCCUGUUGGCCCCGGCGGCCUGCUCCCGGUGCCCGCCACAUACAGCUGGGCCCCCAAAUACCUCCUCACCCAGCCAGCGUCUGUGAGGAGAGGCCUGGCCCCCCACACCGGGCUACCCACCACCCAGGAGCUGUGUGACCUGCUGCGGAGAGCACACCAGGCUCCCAUGAAGUCAGCCAGCCUGCCACAGGCUGCCCAGCAGCCGGCCCCGAAGCCCCGCUCCAUGCACCUCUCAGCCGCCAGAGACAAGAGGAGGAUUGCCCGCGUCCCCGUGCCCUGCCUGGGUGAAGGUGCCAAGAGGCGCCUCCUGGCCAGCAGCAGCAGCAGCAGCAGCCGCCCGCCUUCCAAAAACCAGGGGCUGGGCAGCCAGCUCCCAGAGGCACCCGCCCCAUCGGGCCAGGCGUCCAUGGCCACCAGCCCCGUGCCCCCAAAGCGCCUGGCCCGCGGCCCACCUGUGCAGACUUCUCAGAAGCCUGUUCCUCCAACACAGUGUGGGGGCAAAGUGCCCGCCAUCACCCCUCAACGCCGUCUCCGCCUCUUUAUGGACGAGGGCCUCAAGUUCUGCUCCUCCACCCAGGAAGCCACAGGGAAGGAACUGAAGGAGGAGAAGGCGGCCGACCACCACAGCCCCAGCAAGAGGAUGGACCGGGAAGUGGCCGCCAACACCUUCCACAAGAUGCAGGGCCUGGAACCCGGCCCUGGAGCCGGUCUCCACAAGACCCGGGACAGAGGGGCUGUGUCCCAGGAGGUGGUGCCGGGGGGCAAGUUGGCCGCCCAGACCAGCUUCCCGCUCCCGCGCCCGCACAGCCCCCACGGGGAGGAUCCUGUGCCAGGGGCCAUCCUGUACCAGCGCCUCAAGGAGCACCUGCUCACCCAGGCCCAGCUCAAGGAGAACGGCUACCCCUUUGCACACCCCACACUGCCGGGGGGCGCUGUCCUCUUCACCGCCCAGGAGAAGCCGCCCCAAGACGCCUCCUGCAGGCUGUGCUGCCGCUGUGGCACCCAGUACCUCGUGGCCCCCUCGGGCCGCUGUGUGCGCCAGGAAGAAUGUCGCUACCACUGGGGGCGGCUGCGCCCCACUCCAGCGGCUGGGGGCUGGCAGAUUCAGUACACGUGCUGCUCGGCCCCCAUCGGCUCCCCUGGCUGCCAGGUGGCCCAGCACCACGUGCAUGGCGGCCGCCAGCAGGACUUGCAGGGCUUCAUGCAGACCUUGGACAAAGAGCUGCCCCCAGGGGUUCACCCCGGCAUCUACGCCCUGGACUGUGAGAUGUGCUACACCACCUCUGGCCUGGAGCUGACCCGCGUCAGCGUGGUGGACAGCGCCCUGCGGCUGGUGUACGACACCUUCGUCAGGCCGGACCGCGACAUCGUCGACUAUAACACCAGGUUUUCCGGAGUCACCGCGGCUGACCUGGCCCGCACCAGCGCCUCCAUCCGGGACGUCCAGGCCGCCCUGCUGACGCUCUUCAACGCCCGCACCAUCCUCACCGGACACAGCCUGCAGAGCGACCUGCUGGCCUUGAAGCUCAUCCACGGCACCGUGCUGGACACAUCGGUGCUCUUCCCGCACCGCCGCGGCCUCCCCUACAAGCGCUCCCUGCGCAACCUCGCGGCUCACUACCUCGGACACGUCAUCCAGGACCGCACGGAUGGCCACAGCUCCAGCGAGGACGCCAGCGCCUGCAUGCGCCUGGUCAUCUGGAAGAUGGGACAAGACGCUGAGACUCAGCGCUGACCGCAGCCCAGCAUGUUGUGGACAGGA